UGGAGCCUGUGCGGAGGGGGGGGAGGCGGUGUUAUUGAAAUGCAGAACUAGUUAGGAGUAACGCUAAUGUUUAUACAUAUCUUAAGCUUGGUGCUGAGCGCGUCGGCAGGAAUCACCGACGGAUCUGAGAUCAACUUGAAUUUUAACGGUACCCGUCCGGUUCUAGUGUGGGAUGUGCCAUGUGUGCUAGCUGGAGAUGAGAAUGAAACCCAGUCGUAACCUCCUCCUGGGGCUGUGCUCCAUGUUGGCCCUGGGAUUCCUCUACUACUCGUCAAACAGGGUCAGCUUACAAGGCUGGGGACACAAAUCACUGUACGACAAACAAGGGUUCCUUCUUAAGCUGGAUGGUAGUCUGCCUUUGGACCUAAUGUACAAGUAUGGCAAUCUCAGUGAGGGAGCCUGUAAACCUGGUUAUGCAGCUGCCAAGAUGACUGCCAUUUAUCCAAAAUUCACCAAAUUGGCGCCCAUGUUCCUGGAUCCAAAUUACAAACGGUACUCCGGGAUUGGUGAUUAUUUGCCUCCAUUUGGAGUAAGAUCGCAAGAGCAGAUCAUAGAUAUUCUUCUGUCAGCUACUAAAAGCUAUGGCCUUGAAGAAGAACUCGACAGCUGUAAGACGUGCAUCAUCGUAGGGAACGGAGGAAUCCUCACCAACAAGUCUCUGGGACAGAAGAUUGAUCAGUACGAUGUGGUGGUCAGAUUAAACGAGGCCCCAGUGAAAGGUUUUGAGAAAGACGUUGGCUCCAAGACCACCAUGAGGAUCACCUAUCCAGAGGGAGCCAUCCAGAAGACAGAACGCUAUGAACCUCACUCUCUGUUUGUCCUCUCUGCCUUUAAAGCUCUGGACUUCAAGUGGCUUCGACACAUGGUCUUCAACCAGAGGCUGCGCAGCACUGAUGGCUUCUGGAAGUCGGUGGCCAGACAUGUUCCAAGGGAGCCCAGCAACAUGCGCAUCCUGAACCCCUACUUCAUCCAGGAGGCCUCCUUCAAGCUGAUUGGCUUACCUUACAACAACGGACAGAUGGGCAGAGGGAAUAUCCCAACCCUGGGGACAGUUGCCAUAACGAUGGCCCUCCAUAACUGUGAUGAAGUAGCUGUGGCUGGAUUUGGCUACAACAUGAGCACUCCCCAUGCCCCUUUGCACUACUAUGAGAAGAUCAAGAUGUCAGCCAUCAAAGAGUCCUGGACUCACAACAUAUCUAAAGAGAAGGAGUUCCUAAUGAAGCUGGUGAAGGCUGGGGUAAUCCAGGACUGGACCAAUGGGAUCUGUGGAGCAGGAUGCUGAUGGUCUGCAGCUUCGUGGCUCCUGGCCUGCUGCACGAUAAUCCCCCCCCCCCCCCCCCCUCACCACCACCACCACCACCUGCUCCAGCACCUGAAGAGGGAAACUCGAGGCUCUGUAGGCCACGUUCCCAGCUGAGAGCAGCUGCUGUCACACCCCACAGUCACUGCAGAGAGACUGUGUGCAUGUGACCAGGACACAAGGCACCAGUGUUGCACAUACAUUUGACAUAUUGCAGUUGGCCUCUGCAUUGUAUCACAGUAUUUAGCUCCUCCUAGUUGCAGGUUAGUGUAUAUAAACAUGACUUUGGCUCAGGGGUUUGUCAUUAGUGUUGGGGAUCAAACCAGCACCUUGACCAGGCUGCCCCUCCUACCAGCGCUGCUGCAGGCUGGAGAGAUGAGGAGAGGUGAAGAUGAAGAUGUUUGGUUUAAACAUUGAGCCUGUGCCAAGAAUACCUCUACAAGUGUCCUUCUGCUCAUACAUCUGAAUGUAAUCUGCAUCACUGAGUUAUAUCUUCCAGUUUCUGUGUUAAACAGGGUGCAUACUACAUGACAUGAGUCAGCCGUCCUGGACCAGUCUCCGACACCUGAGAGUAAACCCUCCUAUCAGAGCAGCACGGCAGUCAUUACAGCUUGUUUUGUUGAGUGGGUCAGAGUCAGUACUAAGCUAUACAGAGCUGGGGGACACAAGCUAAUGAGAGCUUCCUCAGCUAGCGGCAUGGUCAUCACACUCAAACCAAAUCACACUGAUGCAGAAGAAUCACAUUAUGUUUGUUCUUCUGAGGCAGCAAGGUAACAUGAUCCCUCAAGACCCUCCCCACCCCCACCCUCCAGUGUCCCAGUGUCUGGAUGUGAAGUCACGUUUCCCUUCCAAUGCAUCUGGAGCAGCUCACAUCUCUGAUGUGUGACAUUCACUUGUGAAUGUUUCUCUUGUGUUGUUUUUUUUUUUCUUGUCCUCUGAAGUCUGUGAAGCAGGGGAAGGAUCUCCUCCGGAUAACAUUUACUGUUCAGAAAAUAUACAUAUAAGAUAGAACUAAGUCAGCCUGAUGUGGUACAGUAAUUAAAACCGCUGAAGUAUAGCCACGCAAGUAUGUGUUACCAAUCAUAAACAAGCUGCUAACAUGUUUUCAAUCCUCUGUAAAGCAAAAAAAAAUGUGUCUGCUGAAACGCUGAACCUCUGAGCUGCAGCAAAGACGACGACAAAGACGUAGCUACACCCAGUGGGGGGUGGAGGAGUGUUACCUCAUUGAGUCUUAAACAUGCUGUUUUUUUAAUGCCUGACCUCUUUUCUUGGGUCAUAUUGUUGAGUGUCACUGUUGUGUUACCCAGACAGGUUAGUGAAAGAGACACUCGUGUUUAAAUGAAGUAGUCCAGGCUCUGGGUUUUUCCACAGUAGUUUGCUGUGUGUUGGAACGUCUCUGUAUUUGUCCAGUUUGACAGUUUUGACUUUGGUCUUGUCAGUCCAGUGAACAGAGGCCCCCGUCAAAGAAGACAAGCAUCUCCACGUCUGACGGUUACUUUACUAAGAAUGUUAAGUAAUGCAGAGCAUAUAUACAACACUGCAGACGCCUGUAAAUUACAACUGAGUCACCACACCCAGGCCCUGUUCUUCUGAUAUUUAAAAUUAAUUGUUUGUGUAACUGAUUUGAAUCAUAUCACUGAUGUAGAGGAGCAGAACAAGACCCCAAGAUACUUAAACUCCUCCACUUGAGGCAGGAACUCUCCUGGCCUCGGACUUGGAGGUGCUGAUUCUCAUCCCAGCUGCUUCACACUUAGCUGCAAACUGCCCCAGUACAUGCUGAAGGUCCUGGUUUGACGAAGCCAACAGGACAGCAUCAUUCGCAAAAAGCAGAGAUGAAAUCCUGUGGUCCUCAAACCGGACUCCCUCCGGCCCCUGGCUGUGCCUAGAAAUCCUGUCCAUAAAAAUUAUGAACAGAACCGGUGACAAAGGGCAGCCCUGCUGGAGUCCAACAUGCAUUGGAAACAGGUCUGACUUACUGCCGGCAAUGCAAACCAAGCUCCUGCUCCGGUCGUACAGAGACUGGACAGCCCUUAGCAGAGGGCCCCGGACUCCAACCUCCCAGAGCACCCUCCACAGGAUGCCACGAGGGACACAGUCAAACACCUUCUCCAGAUCCACAAAACACAUGUGGACUGGUUGGGCAAACUCCCAUGAACCCUCGAGCACCCUAUAGAGAGUAUAGAGCUGGUCCAGUGUUCCAUAUCACACUAUAUUGUUUUUAUUAAAUCCCACCUGGGGGUGCUCUGGAUUUUUCAGUUCUUCAAAACUGGCUCAAAGUCUAUCUGCAGCUAUAGUCAACAAUAUUAAAUUAUAGGUAUAAUUAUGAUUUUAGAGGGCAGUGUCUCUAUGGCAAUGUAGAAAUAUUAAUUUAAUCUUUCCUCUUUUUUUUAUCAGGUUCUGUUGCGUACAAUAUGUGUGAGGUCAAUGAGAGCUGAGCUUAAGCAGCUCGUUGCUGAGGUGGCUUUAAAGAACUGAGAAAUGAACAGAAUUAUUUAAUGAUGAAUGUGUUGCUGCCAGUGAUUUGACUCCUCUGAUCUGUGUGUGAUGGUGAUGCUCCAGCAAAGACAGGGGAAGGAGGAGACUGUUAACAUGUGAACACAGUUGUAAACAGUUCAGGGUUAAAAAUACUUACAGUGUGUUUUGGUAACUAUGAAUGUAAACAUAACUUUUGUUUGUUUAUUUAAAAAAAAAAAAAAAAAAAAACCUUUCUAAGAGCAUGUUAGCCUGGAUUAGUUAACCCAGAUAUGAAUAACA